AUAUUGGAUGCCAACUUCCGUUAAACUCCAAAGAAGAAAUAAAAACGGAUCUGAAGUCAAUAUUGCGUUAUUUUGGGCUAAUUCAACGUUUCUGCUUUGGAAUGGAAAGCUGAUCUUAGAUAUUUGCCUACGAGAAACGCCAUUGAUCAUCAUUACGUGGGUCUGGUGACAACAGCUGUAAAUCCUGCCAGCUCUCAUGUCCCUGCUAGAUAAAUGAAAAUACAUUACACAAUUAAAUUAAGGUAGCGAACAAUAAAGUAAAAAUGCUUUCUCGUUUAUUGAAGGAGCACCAUGCAAAGCAAAACGAGAGAAAGGAACUGCAAGAGAGACGCAGACGAGAGGCUAUUGCAGCUGCCACCUGUCUAACAGAAGCCUUGGUGGAUCACCUCAAUGUUGGGGUGGCCCAGGCGUACGUGAACCAGAGGAAGCUGGACCAUGAGGUGAAGACGUUACAGGUGCAGGCCAGCCAGUUCUCCAAGCAGACCGCUCAGUGGAUCAGUAUGGUGGAAGGCUUUAACCAAGCCCUGAAGGAAAUAGGUGAUGUGGAGAACUGGGCUCGCAGUAUUGAGAUGGACAUGAGAACCAUCGCUACAGCUCUGGAGUACGUACACAAGGGUCAGCUCACAUCAGCCUCUUCAUAGAUACGCUGAACCUUAACCUGGAACUGAUAGCCUGCUGCUAGCUUCAGUAGCUGAACGCUUUCACUGUGAAAGAGUGGUGGACUUACCACGGAUACCAGGAUUCUGGUUAAAAAAACCCAACUAAAAACAGCUGAUGAACCAUCUGAAAAGUUGAUUGGAGGCUUCAGUAAUGACUAAGGCUUUAAGGCUUGCUCAGUGUUCAUGAGUGACACAUUGUGUUACAGUAGGAACAGUAUGUCUGUGGACAAAUAAACCUAAUUUAACAGAGCGCCUAUGGCCCAUCUGCAAUGUAGUUUUGUCCACAACCCUUUAAUUGUUAAAGGUCUGUACCAAAAUAUACUAGCGGUCGUGGAAAUAUCGGGAACUAAUUGUCCACAGACCAGGUAUAAUGGGCAACAACUUCAGAUGGGUCCAUGUGAAUUUAGCAACACUCCUAAUAAUAAUAAUAAUAAUGAUUUAGCUGUUUGUCCAAACAUUGUUUCCUUUUGUGAGUCAAUCUGUGUGGGAGAACAAGACAAAGCUAAUGUAUAUAAUCCAUUGUAUGGGCAAUGCAAUGUUUUAACAAAUCUUCUUCGGAAAAGAUCAAUAGUUCAGAUUGGUUUAGUCUCUCUCUAGCGUACCAGUCAGUCAUUCUCUAAAGUUAUUCCAUUUUCCUAUUCCCAUGAGGAUGAAUAGGACUUUGAAAUGUGGAUUAGCUAGCGAGGCGUUGGAACAAAGGAGGCCUGUUUGUGAAAUAGUACCAUGGAGAAAUAGGAUUUAUUGGCUUGUAAUUGGUCGCCUGUUUAGAAUGAGAGACUUGUCUGGUAACUGCCAUCUCUCCUGGAUGACUAAAACAACCUAGUCUGGUUAAAGCAGACUGAAUGAUGUGUUCACCAGUGACAUCCGUCUGGGUUAAGCAGGUGGUAUCUGUACCCUGUUUUAAUAAAAGCCACGUUAAGUCUCUUGCUUCUUGAAAAACCUUUUGGAUCAUGUAUGUUCAAUUAAUCGUUCUCUCUCACGGUGUAUUGUAGCCUGAGUGCCUGUCAGUUUCUGCUAUUGUACCUACUCAUUGUCACGUCAAACACAUUAACCGCAAUGGAGUUGACGAGAGCACAAACGGAUCUGGGGGACCAGGUUAUACGUGUCAAGUUCUCGUCUUUUAACUCUGAUGUGACGGUUCUCUACUCUUGAAUAAAGAAAUGAAGUCA